GCUCUUAAUAAAAACAAUGUUUAGACGAAGAAAUGGAGCAAAAGAUGGGUUCGCGUUCACGAGUUCUGUCUUCAUGUUGAUGUCGGUUUCAGCCGGGUCGAGCACCAUGGAGCCAGAGGCGUGUGCGGGUCUCCUCUUCUCGUUCCUGUCCUGGUACAAACUCCGACAGGAACAGCGGGACCAGCAGGUAGAGACGGAGCGGAGGAGACGCCGGCGGCUCGUGGCGGCGGCGCGGCGGCGGCGGCUCGAGAGGCUGCGCGAGGAGUGGCGGCGGAGGGAGACGCGCUGCCGGCGGCGGAGGCUGCGCCGCUUCCGCGCUCACGACACAUGGAUGAAGGCGAUUUCACAUUAUUAUCUGAGGAAUCGUAUGCGACGAAGACCCAAGGUGUGGUUCUAUCCUCGGAGCAGCGACUGGUGGGAGAACACGGCCGCCGCUUUUACAGAUGACCAGUGGCUGCAGCACUUCAGAGUGUCAAGGAAGACUUUUUCAUACAUCUGCACCACGCUGAGACCCCAGUUAAAGAGGCAGGACACCACCUAUCGCCUGUGCAUACCCCUGCAGAAGAGAGUGGCUUUGGCGCUCUACAAACUGGCCAACCCCUGCGACUACAAAACUGUGGCGGACCUUUUUGCCGUGGGCGUGGCGUCUGUUUGCCGCUGCGUGCACGAGUUCUGCAGAGCAGUCAUCCAAGUGCUAAAACCGCAGCUUGUUGUGGCACCAAACCAUGCUGGGCUGGCAGAGAUGGCAGACCAUUUCUAUCAGACAUAUGGGAUCCCACAGUGCAUCGGCGUGAUAGACAGUAUUCACAUUCCAAUCAUCAGACCGCCACACUAUCAGUCUGAGCAACCUAACGGAGAUGGGUAUCUUGCUAUUGUGCUGCAAGCAGUUGUUGAUGGAAAAGGUAUAUUGUGGGAUUUGAGCAUGGGCUGUCCGAGGUGGGUGAAUGAAUCCGGUGAAGUGGAACAGUCAUGGGUAUGUGACGAUUUCCCCUGCAGGAUGCUCAACAUCUGUGGAACUGAUAGUGGCCACUUCAUUAUUGGCAGCGCUCAGUAUCCUGCCCAAAACUGGCUGCUCAAACCGUACCCCGACACAGGCUGGCUGUCUGCAGAGCAAGAGCUGUUCAACACUCAGAUCAGUGCGGCACACGGCGUGGCCGAGCACGCCUUCGGCAGACUAAAGGGCAGGUGGAAGUGUCUCAGCAAGAGGAAUGACUGCAACAUUGAGGUUGUGAAGGACAUGGUGGAGACAUGCUGUGUUCUGCAUAACCUCUGUGAGAAGAACACGGACGCUUUCCUCCCCGAGUGGAAAACUGUUGACCAGCCUCAGCCGCUCAAUGGAAAACCUCAGAGGGAGAGUGAGUCUGACUCGUGGCUUGCUCUGCAGCAGUUCAUGCAGGAUAAUGCGCAGUAAAACUGGUGUUCUGUAGAUUGUAAUUUACCAAACUGUGCAUGUGGUCAACUGUGGCUUGUUUUGUAUGUAAACCUUGUAUGUGAGGAAGCAAUUUUUUUUUUUUUUUUUAAAGAUUUGUAAUGAACACUACUUUUGAUUAAUAACAUCGGUCUGAAUAGCUGACUUUUCCAGAGUGUGUACACAAACUUUAUGUCGCUACUUUGCACAAUCUUUAUAAAACAUUAGCAAAAGCUCU